CGCCCACUCCACGCGGCGCCGCCAUGUGUCCCCAAGCCGCCCGAGCGCCGGCGCUGCGGCUCCUCGCGCUGGGCGCGCUGCUGUGGCCGGCGGCCGGCGCCUGGGAGCUCACCAUCCUGCACACCAACGACGUGCACAGCCGGCUGGAGCAGACCAGCGAGGACUCGGGCAAGUGCGUCAACGCCAGCCGCUGCGUGGGCGGCGUGGCGCGGCUCUUCACCAAGGUGCAGCAGAUCCGCCGAGCCGAGCCCAACGUGCUGCUGCUCGACGCUGGCGACCAGUACCAGGGCACCAUCUGGUUCACCGUGUACAAGGGCGCAGAGGUGGCGCACUUCAUGAACGCCCUGCACUACGAUGCCAUGGCACUGGGAAAUCAUGAAUUUGAUAAUGGUGUAGAAGGACUGAUUGAUCCACUCCUCAAAGAGGCCAAAUUUCCAAUUCUGAGUGCAAAUGUUAAAGCAGAGGGGCCGCUAGCAUCCCAAAUAUCAGGACUUUAUUUGCCAUAUAAAAUUCUUCCUGUUGGCACCGAAGUUGUGGGAAUUGUUGGAUACACUUCAAGAGAAACCCCUUUUCUCUCAAAUCCAGGAAGGAAUUUAAUAUUUGAAGAUGAAAUCACUGCACUACAGCCUGAAGUAGAUAAGCUGAAAACUCUAAACGUGAACAAAAUUAUUGCACUGGGACACUCUGGCUUUGAAAUGGAUAAACUCAUCGCUCAGAAAGUGAGGGGCGUGGACGUCGUGGUGGGAGGACACUCGAACACGUUUCUCUAUACAGGCAAUCCACCUUCCAAAGAGGUGCCCGCUGGGAAAUACCCAUUCAUAGUCAUCUCCGAUGAUGGACGAGAGGUUCCUGUGGUCCAGGCCUAUGCUUUUGGCAAAUACCUAGGCUAUCUGAAGGUUGAGUUUGAUGGAAAAGGAAAUGUCAUCACUUCACAUGGAAAUCCCAUUCUUCUCAACAGCAGCAUUCCUGAAGAUCCAAGCAUAAAAGCAGACAUUAACCAAUGGCGGAUAAAAUUAGAAAAUUAUUCUACCCAGGAAUUGGGGAGAACACUUGUCUAUCUGGACGGCACCACUCAAUCAUGCCGCUUUAAGGAAUGCAACAUGGGCAACCUGAUUUGUGAUGCUAUGAUUAACAACAACCUUAGACACUCGGAUGAAGUGUCCUGGAACCAUGUGUCCAUGUGCAUUUUAAACGGAGGUGGCAUUCGGUCGCCCAUUGACGAGCGGAACAAUGGCACGAUUACCUGGGAGAACCUGGCUGCUGUGAUGCCCUUUGGAGGCACCUUUGACCUGGUCCAACUAAAAGGCUCCACCCUAAAGAAGGCCUUUGAGCACAGUGUGCACCGCUACGGCCAGUCCACUGGAGAGUUCCUGCAGGUGGGCGGAAUUCACGUGGUGUAUGAUCUUUCCCGAAAACCCGGGGACAGAGUGGUCAAGUUAGAUGUUCUUUGCACCCAGUGUAGAGUGCCCAGUUACGAGCCUCUCAGAAUGGAUAAGGUCUAUAAGGUGAUCCUCCCGAACUUCCUUGUCAAUGGUGGAGACGGAUUCCAGAUGAUAAAGGACGAAGUGUUAAAACAUGACUCUGGUGACCAAGAUAUCAACGUGGUUUCUGGAUACAUCUUAAAAAUGAAAGUAAUUUAUCCAGCAGUUGAAGGUCGGAUCAAAUUUUCUGCAGGAAGUCAUUGUCAUGGAAGCUUUUCUCUAAUAUUUCUUUCAUUUUGGGCAGUGAUCAUUGUGUUAUACCAAUAGCCAAAAAUUCUCCUUGCCAUUAAUGUGUGGAACUGCAUUUUUUCUCAUGUGAGAUUCAAGUCUGCCUUUUAGGAACUGGCUUUGUGAUGGUGUAGACCAUCCUCGCAGGCUCCUACAAGCUGAACUUAGAGGGUCAUAAAUGAAGACAUUGACAUUAUCACUCAGGAUCAGCAACUUAGCAAGCGCACAGGAAAAGAAAUGAAAAUGGGCCCUAAGAGGGGAAGGCCAACCAUCUUUAGUUUACAUGUACAAAUUUUAAUAACUUUUUAAAAAAUUUUAAACCAUAGAAAUCAUUUUCCUCCUUUAUAUCCAUUCUAAUCCACCAAACAACUUAUGUUUACAUAGAAUUUCAUCAUUUACAAGGGAGUUUUCAGCACAUUAUCUUACUUAAUGCCCAUAUCUUUCUUUGGUAGGCAAGACAUGUACUGUUUUUCCCAUUUGACAGAAGAGGAAACUAGAGCUCAGAAAGAGUUGACUUGUUCAAGUCAUACAGCUAAAAGUGACAGAUCCGAGACCUGCACCUAGGUCUUCUGACCUCAAGCCCAGCACUCUUUCAACUAUAUCCAAUCAAUCACUGUUCAGAAUGAUACUCAAUGGUCUCCUCUAUUCAUAACUAUCGAUAGCCACAAGCUCAUGGAUGACAAGUCUGCUUUAUUUCUGGUCUCUAUUUUUUUCCUUUUUAGCUCCUGUUGUUAUAACGAGUUUAAUGGACUAAACAUAGGGCAGCAUUCUGUCUUGCACCCAUGUGCCUUUGACGAAUCAGGGAACAAAUGGUGCCGCAGAUAAUGGGAAAGGCCGGAGACUGCAAAAGGCAGUCAAGGGGCAGGGAGGAAGACAAGGGAA